CAACGUGUAGCAUUACCAUCCGAACGCACGACCACCUGCCUCUUGGCAUUUACGUUUACGUUCUCUCUCUCUCCUUUCUCUCUCUCUCACACACCCCGAGCGCGAUCUGAGAGUGUACCCAAGGAUUAAAAUAAUUAAUUAAUCAACGGAAGUUAAUAAAAAGUCAUUCCGAGAGAGGGAAAUCAUUUUAACGAGCGCCAAAUAAACGUGUGUUUCAAAGUUCUUGUUAUAGUGCCGAUUUAUUUGCGAUUUAGUGCAAAGAGAGUGUCAAAGUGAGACGAUUUAAUUGAUCUUUCAUCAGGGAAAAAGGUGAUACGCGUCUUUUCCUCCUGACGCGUACUAUAUAAACAAACACUGGGGACUAAAGUUGUUGAGUAUCGCGCGUGGCUUUCUCACUUACCCGGUACUAUACUAUUCAAACGUGACCGUAUCGCGUGCGCAAGAAAAAACAGUUAUCACCAGAUUACCAACAUUUGUACCAUUGUUUUGGAUUAAUUAGACUCGUGAGUUUCAUAAAGGAACACGAGCCAUUAAGUCGAGUAAACCAAAAGUACGGGUCAGCUGAUCAGGACCCGUCAAUAUAAGAAAAGUCAAAGUGUUCCAGCAAGUGGAACCGAUUUCUAAAUCUGUCAAGACAAGUGUACACAACGGCGGUCACUACGUAUAUCACGCCGCUCAUCACCUCUGAAAAGAUGGUGACAAGGACAAAGAAGAUAUUCGUCGGCGGAUUAUCAGCGCCGACGACGCUGGAGGACGUCAAAAACUAUUUCGAACAGUUUGGUCCGAUCGAGGACGCUAUGCUGAUGUUCGACAAGCAGACCAGCAGGCACAGAGGUUUCGGCUUCGUCACGUUUCAAAGCGAGGACGUAGUCGACAAAGUGUGCGAAAUUCACUUCCACGAAAUCAACAACAAAAUGGUCGAGUGUAAAAAAGCGCAACCAAAAGAAGUCAUGCUCCCAGCAAACCUGGCAAAAACGCGAGCGGCCGGCCGAGGUGCAUACGAUUUUAUGUGGUCCCUGGGAGCAUUACCUGAUGGUUUCCCAGCGGCAGCGUACGCGGCAUACGCGGCAGGCCGCGGCUAUUCUGGGUACCCUAGUUUCGGACUACCCUACCCGACAGGAGUGCCGGCAGUGUACUACCACGGAACCGGGGGCGAGAGUGCGGGCCGCGUGUACUCAGAGACGACGAUGCAACAUAUACAACGGAGUGCACUGCGGAAGAAAUUGGAUCUUACCAACGGACAACUCACUCCAAACAACAACACGCCUUUGCUUACGCAAGCCCUUUCUGUGAUGAACAACUACCAAGCAGCACAAGCAGGCUUUCCACCGGCUUCGCCACAUGGCGCCGGAGGUCACGGAGGGCCCCAAGGUCGCUCCUUUCCCGCGGCCAACUCUCCCGGGCCCAUUGACAUGUACAGUUCGAGCGCAGCAGCCGCAGUAGCAGCCGCAGCCGCGGAUUCCGCAGUCGCCAGCUACGUCCAGGCCGCAGCUAGCCCGCAGCCCCCUACAACCGCGUUUCCCGCGAUCGCCGUGUCCCGCGCCCCGCUCAACUAUAGUCCCGGACCUCUAAUACCAGCGGCGUUCACUAAUGGCUACCAUUGAACCUUGUUAAGACCUAACAAGAUGGACGAGAGGGCCGAGCGUCUUAAGAACAUUAGCAGCACAACGAGUGACGUAAACGCCUUGUAAACUUUUAUGAAAGGCUUCUGGACACUGGGGAAUUUUAUUUAAUAACAAAUAUAUAUGUCAUAUGUAUAUAUACACAUGCAUAUAUAUGCAUAUAUAUAUUAUUAUAAACAUAUAUAAAUUAUUUAUAUCUUAUCGGUACAUUGGUAAAAGAAAGACUGAUGGUAAAAAAAAAAAAAAAUUACAAGAAAUGUAUAUAACAGAUGGGUAAGAAAAAAAAAGUAAAAAAUAAAGAUGAGCGAAAUCAUUCCCGGUAGCAAGAGUUUUAACACCGGAUAUAUCGAAAAUUGCGUUCAAGCGUAACGGAGAUAUGGAUGACAGAGCACACUAAAGAUUAUAAGAAUAGAAUCUGUAAUAAUACAAAAGACCAAGUCAAGUUGAGAAAUAGACAAAAGAAUAAAAGCGGAAAACAUCAAUAAACAAAGUAAUUAAGAGAAUAAGUUAAGAAAAAUGAACCAAUUUUAAACCCCAAAACAGAAAAAAAUAGAGAAUAUUUCAUCCAGAAGCAAAUUAUUACACAUUACAAUAAAACAAGAAGCAUUACACAUUAGAAUUAUUUGAAAAAAAGGCGGCACGGAGAUCGGAAAAAUGAUAAAACAUUUUUCUGCAAUCAAAAUAAAUACAAAAGAACAAUGAAAAUACGCUAACGCCCAUUCUCUGACAUUGAUAAAUAAUAUAAUAAAACAAAUUAAUGAUUAAUAAUUAUUAAUUGCUAAAAGUUAAACAGUUAAGUCUAUAAUAUAUUAUAUAUAUAUAUAUAUAAAUAAAUUAUAUAUAUGAUACAUAAUUAAUAACUAAUAGACAAACGUAUGGCUCGUAAAAACUAAGAAACAAUACCAAUACACGUAUGAAUAUUAUUAUUAAUUAUUUUCACUAUUCAUCAUUAUUAUUAUAAUUAAUAUAUUUGGUCAUUUGAUUACACUAAUUUUCCAAUUUUUUUAAUUGACAAUGUAUUAUCAAAUGGAAAUAAUUAUUUAUUUUAAGGCAUGUGCGUUUUGAGAUAUUUAUAAAACAACUCACUAAUUUGUUAGUAUUCUGAUGUUUAUUCUUACGAAUGUUUAGAUAAAAAUGAUCAUGAAAUUAAUUAAUUAAUUAUGAAAUUAUGACGACUCUCGCGGGUGGACGAAACUUUUUAAAAGAUCCUCAUGUUUUUCUCUACAAUUUUUUUACAUCCGACAAAUGAUUCGAUUAAUAUAUGUCUUUCCAUAGUUAUUUUCUUAAACUUUAAGAUACUUUAUGAAAACGGACUACAAAAUAAUCAUGAAUAAUUAUAAUCAUAAGAAAGAAUUAAAAGAAAAUAUUGUAUGAAAAGAUAUUAGAGAUGGUUUUCAUGUUUUAAGUAUUGAUAUUCUGCGUGAUAAAAUACUGAUAAUUAUUCAUUAAUAAUAAUAAAAAUAAAAACAACAAAAAUAAAUAAUAUUUAUAAUGAUAAUGAUAAUAAUAACAAUAAUAAUAAAUCAAUCAUUAUAACAGUAAAAAUAAUAAUAAUAAUGUGAAAUAAAUAAGCUUAUAAGUGAUUAGGCAAAUUGAAAUCUUGUGUCUUCCUGUUUAAUUGAACAACAAGUUUUUGUUUUAUACGAAAAUUCAUGAGAUAGAAAUAGAUAAAACGGAAUAUUUUUCUGUUUUCUAGUAACACUAAUAAAGCUCUAAAUAAUCUUUAUAAAAAAAUUUAAAAAAAAAACAAUCAAAAAGUUUUUUUGAAAAAUUCAAAAUAUCAAAUCUUUAAUUUCAAUUUUAAAAAUUAAAUGUGUUUAUAAUCUAAUACUUUAUCGUUACUGUUGUUGGAUUUUCAGAAAAGAUAAAAAGUGGAAAAUUAUAAAAUGAAAUUUUAAAAUAUCAUUUUAGAUACUCAUGCACUCCGUCAUAACAACAAAGAGAAUUGUGAAAGAGGCAAAUUGAGGAUUGAAAUUGAUAAAUUAUCUACAUAAAGCUUUAUUCGUCGUUACAAUUUUUUUAUCGGAUUCCGUUCUACGAUUAUUUUCUGUCAUUUGAAACAAUGUUCAAUAAUUAUUUAUAAAAAAUCUAACAAAAUUUUUAAAGGAACAGUCAAAAUAAUUUAUGAGGAAAAUAAAUGCAGUUCUCUCGAGUAAGAUUUUCAUAAAAUAAAUCAUUGUUAUGCAGACUGUAUAUUCAUAAUUCUGUGGUUUAUAUCAAUAAUAAUAAAACAAUACACAAAUGCAAAAAAUCGUUUCCAUGUAGCAUAAAAAUAAGAAAAAGAAUAAAUACAACAAAACUUUUAAUAGAUUGAUGUUUAAAAGAAAUAAAAAAACUAGAGAAUAAUUUUUAAUGAAAUAAAAUAAUCUUGUAAUUCCAAGACUCACCUAAUCACUUAACCUAAUCACAAUGCAAAAAAAAACCAUUUUUAUUAUUAUUAUUUUUAUUAUUAUUAUUGUCGUUAUUGUGAUACAAAUUCAUUAAGUUUUGUUCACAAAACACAAAAGUGAAUUUUCAUUGAUUAAAAAACAAUUAUAAACGAAUAUUAUCAGUGUGAUUAUGAUUGCUGCUAAUAAGUUUUAAAUAAUGUUGAAUUAUCAUUAAAAACAGGGUAAAAUAAUUAUUGAGGAUAUGGAAGAACAAUUCCAAGGAAGAGCAUCAUGGUGAGCCGCGAUCAUUUUGUGUUCGUUUUGUAACUCAUUUCUGAAGAACGAGCGUGUUCGACUUAUGAAAUCGGUGUCAAUUUAAUGUAAACGUAGCAAUACUCGAUUAAUGUCCACUGAAUAUACGAUAAAUUUAUUUAAAAAAUGAUAGUAAAUAAUUAAUAAUAAUGAUAAUAAUAAUAAUGAAAAUUAUAGUAAUAGGGAAUGAAAUGAAAAGUUAACGAUCAACUGAAUUGCUGAUAAUAGGUAAUGAAAUAAAUAAAAAAAAAUAUCCUAAACCAUACGUCUGCGAAACGAAAUGAUGGCGAGCUCGUUCAUGUUUCAGAUCAAAACAAUUAGAUCAACUUAAAUAAAAUACUAGUUUUCAAAAGAUAAAAAUUACUUCAACUACGUGAUUAAUUCAGUGUUGAUGAUUUUUUAAUUAAAACAAAAUAACGUGAAUACUUUUAAAAAAUUUUUAGAAAUUAAAAUGCAUUUGAAAGUGCAAUUAAAACAAGGUAACCUAUUAAUUAUAAUUAAGUUUAUCAAUUAAUAUAAAAAUCACUUAAUCAAUCUUUUUAAUAAAUUAAUAAGUCACACAUAGGUUUUAAUUAUAAUCUAGUAAUAAAAAUGGACGACUAAAUUCCAAGUGAUCCAAGUAAAAAAAUUAUGUACAUCAAAUUCUAAUGUAAAAUUCAUUUAUUGAAAAGUCCAUUUUUCAAUUAAACUCCUUUCUGUAUAAAAAUACUCACAUGGUUUAAAUAAAUGAAUUAUUUAAACUAUGGCAAAAAUGCAAUAAACGUAAAUGAAGAAUAUGAAUAGAUAAGAAUGGUAGUAAAUAAUUAAAUUAAAACAAAAUGAAACAAUUAAGAAAGGUGAAUGAAGCUCGCACGAUUAGAUAAUGUUAUUAAAAAAUAAAAAACAACAUUUUCUUGAUCGGAUGGGAUUAAUUGAUAGCAUAUUUGAUAGAAAAUUUUAGUUAGAUCCAUUUACAUAGAAAACAGAAAAACUAUUCUUUAUCAAUCUAAAUAAAAUAUAAAAUUUUUAAAAAUGAUUGAAUAAUAAUUAAAAAAAAAUUAUAAAUGAUAAAUUUUAAACAAAUCAGACAACAAAAAUCAACACUACAAGGGUAAAACACCAGCUCAAAGAAUGUAAUGGAAUGGGAUUUAUAUUCUAGAAUUAUAAAAAAAAAUUUUUCAAAUUAUAUCCUAAAUAAUAUUAAUUACAAUAAAUAAGCAUUUCGCGCGGCAGCCGGGACGUAAUAAGAGAUAAAACGUUUUUAAUUCUUUCAAUUUUGAAUCAAUAAAUUAUCUCAACUAACAAAGAGUUUUAUUUGAUAAAAAAAAAUAGUCUUUUGCUGAAAGAGUUUAUCAAAUAUUACCUAGAUAUAAUUUUCUAUGAUUAAAAUCUACAACUUUUAAAUAAUUGAACUUGACAAAAGAAGAAAGUUCUGAUAAUAAACAAAAAUCGAGAAGAUAAUAAACAGUUUAGGCAUACAGAAAAAAAUAAACACUACAAACUAAAACAUGAUUGCAAACCAUACGUUUAUAAAUAUGAAAUAAAAAAUAAAUAUUCAAUCUAUAUCAGUGUUUGGUGAUGAUCCAUAGCAAAAAAAAAUAAACAAAUAAUUUACAUAAGUAAAGAUUAAAAAUUCAAGCAAAUAAGCUUUGAACACCUAAGUAAUAAAAAUUACUGAUGAAAUAUUAAAAGAAUAAAAUAGAAAAAUUGUUUCACACAAAUUGUAUAUAAUUAUUGAUGUUUUGAACACUUAUACAAUACAUUAUUGUCAUGUAAUUCAAUUACAAAGUAAUAAGAUGGGUGAGAUUGGCUGUGUAGCACUGACAAGUCUCAAAUUUCGAUGUUCUUUUUAGUCAAAAAUCUUCAUAAUAUUAAUAAUUAAUAAAUAAUAAUAUUAAUAAUGAUAAUAACAAUAAUAAUAAUAUUAUUAUUAAUAAUUAAUAGUUGAUAAUAAAUAUGAAUAAUAAUCAUUAUAAUAUUAAAUAUUUAAAUAACUAAAAUAAAAUGAGUUGCUAUAAAUAAUGAUAUAAAUCAUCAACAUGAUUAUAGUUUACCAAAAACAAUGACGCCAAUUCUUUCACAAUCCUCCGAUUGUAAUAAAUAACAAUCCGCCACAAUAGUGAAAACAAUUGAUUAAAUACACUGAAAAUCUAUGUGCGUUAUACAAACACACAUGAAACUUGUUCAAUGUCAAAUUGCCCUACACCUACAGUGGCUCUUGGCAAUUAUAUAUUGAACAUGUUUUUUGCGAGUUAUUUUCGCACACUUCAUAAAUCUUGGAUUUGCAGUAUAGUCAAGUAGACCAAUACCACAGUAUAUGUAAAAAAAAUAUUUCCGCCAUUUUAUUGUAAGUGAAAAACUUUCCUUUAAUAAAUUUAUUCAUUGUUUAUUCUCUUCAUUACUAUUGUUGAUAAAAUUGCUUAAUUAAAUUUAUUAAAUUUUAAUUGCUUGAAAAUAUAUUAUUUGUUUAUAAAAUAAAAGAAUAAAAAACAGUUUUAUAAUUUCAUUUCGUUUUAUGCCACUUAAUUUAAAAUAAUUUUUAAACUGUUUUGUUUUGUGAGUAUUUAAAGGCAACGAAAGUAAAAGUAUCGACAAAAAAUGAUGACGUUAUUCUAUCACGGGCAUUUAAAGGGUUCCUAGGAAAUUUAUGAGAAUUUUGUGUCGAAUAUUUACCGCGAAUUCAUCUGGGUCACUAGACAAAAAAAAAACCUCGAGUCUAGACAAUAACAAAGGAUAAACAUUCUUUUGAAAUUUUCCACGAAUUUAUCGAGGUCGCGAAAUGAAAAAGAAACUCCGAAACAAUAACAGAGGAUUAAGAUAAUAAAUCUGUCAUAAUGAAUGUAGUAUCGCUACUCGAACGUUUACAUGAAAAAUGUCACACAUAAACGCCUAUUGACAAAUACUUGUUUACGUGCACACAUUAAUAGAGGCGUUUAAGGUCACAAAUGGUGUAUUUUUUGAUUAACAGAAAAUAAUAAAUCAUUAUUUGAAUGAAAAUGGUUAUUUAUUGGUCUAAAGCAUAAGUUUACAUUAUCACUUACUGUAAAAUGACGGAAAUUUAUAAUGGGAAAAAUAAUGUUGAUUUUCAAGUGUAAAUGUGCUAAUUAAUUUUCAAAUUAAUUAAAAAAUUCAUCAUGAUAAUUUAAAUUACUUCGUGUUUUUUUUAGAGAUUUUUUAUCCUUCUAGCAUCCAAGAGCUGUCGCGCAGCUUCAAAGUAACAAUUAAAGUUACUAUUUGAGAUUAGGAAAUGCAAUAAAACUCAAGUAUAAAAGAGGAAAUAAAUUUAAAAUGAUACUCAUUCUGUAAAUAUUAUUAUUAUUAUUAUUAUUUAUCAUUAUUAUUUUUUCUUAAAUUUUUAUUAUUAUUAUUAUUAUAAUUAUUAAUAAUUUUUUUUAACAUUUAAUUUACACGGAAAAUUAAUAAUUUUCUUCUUGUUAAAUUUUAAAUAUUUUUAACCAUUAUCAUCGUGUAAAUAAACGCGUACAUGUUAAUAUGCAAUUCCCGAAGCAAUAUAGACCAUUAAAACAAUAAAAAUUUGAUAUAAUAUCUAUAUAAAUAAAUAGACACCAAAACAAACCAUCGGGAAGCUAAAAAAAUUUCGACGCUUAAUAAAAUGGCAAAUAAAAUGUAAAAAAUUUUUUAACAUGCAUUUUAAAACAAAUACAAGUGCAUAUAGAUAAAGAUAAAUGGUUAAACAUUAAUGGAACACAAAAGAAAAAUUUUAACAAUUAAACAAAUAAAUAAUUGAUGCAAUCAUAUUUUGCUUCAUCAUACAUCAAAGUCUGGUCUUACACAAUUGUCACGUAUAUUUAAUUACAAUUGCUUAUAAAAUGCAUUAAUUAGUAAAGAAAAGUAAUGAAUAAAUAAAUUAAUUCAAUAAUAAACUAAGAAAUAAGAAACAAAACAUGUAAAUCAAUGAAUAUAUUAGUUGUCGAUCUUUCGACAUACAAAUAGCAAAAAAAUAAUGCUACGGUUCACAUAAUUAAAUAAUUAAUUAAUUAAUUAAUUUAUAUGGUUAUUCAAUAUUUAUGUUUCCAUGGACGAUUUUGAAUUUUAUAGUUCGCACAUCGAUCCUAAGGAAUCAAUGAUUUCAGAUAAAAUUUAGUUUAUUACGUAAAUCUAUUAAAAAUAAUUAUCUCAAGAUUCGAUGAAAAUUCAAAUGUAACUCACCACUUAGAUUACAUCGAAUCUUCAGAUAGGAAAUGAAAAAUAUUAACAUUUGAAAAUUUAAAACAUAAAAAAAUCCCCGAGUGAGAGAAAAAAAACAGCGAGAGAGUGAGAGAUGUAAGAAAAGUGGUGAAUUCUACUGAAGUUAGAAAAACAGAUGAAUAAUGAAUGUAUGGGCGAAUUUGUAUGUGUGAGUACGAAAAGAGAUGAUAACAAUAACUAAAUAAAAAAAGCAAGAGAGAAUAAACUAUGAAAUGGAUCGUAGCUAGAUAGGCAAUUUUUGACCAUUAUUAUUAAUUAUCAUUAUUAAACAAAAAAAAAAUACAAAAAAAGUCACAAAUACAUCGCCAUUUUAAGUGUAUCUUAAUUCUCAUGGCACAUUGAUUUAUUUACAUCAUCAUUUUUUCUACUAUUAUCGAUCUUGUGUUUUUUUUGUUGAUUGUUUGCAUUAAAAUGUAUUUAGUAAUUACUUGUUUAUAAAAAAUUUGUCUAAAAAGAACUUUGUGAUUAUUCUUUGGAUGAAGCUCAUUUUAUCAAUGACUGAAUUACAUGGAAAUUAAUUUAAAUAAAUUGACUUGAAUCGAGAUGAUUAAUUUUUAUCCGUUGUAUCUAUUGGGAGAUUAUAAGCAGAAAGUAUACUCUCUCGUGGAUAUAUCUACAAUAAAUAAGAUUUUUGUAACUUCUUGAAGAAAAUCAGUCAUUGUAAUACAAAAUGAUUUUAAAUUUGAGGAACAGCGAAAAGAUAUCAGCAAGAUAAAGUUUUUAUAAAGAAGUAAAAAGUAUUGAUAUAAAAAAUAUUCAAAAACAAAAUUGAAAUAAAAUAUUUAUUUUGAAUAAUGUUAAUUAAUGGAAUAAUAAUUUAUUAUAAUUAAUCGAAUAUUGAAAACAAAAACAUUCUUAAAUAUCUUCAGUUCUUGUAAAUGAUUUAAGCAAUUUUCGCAUUUCUCGUUUCUUCGUAAGAAACGAGAUAUGUAUAUAAUAUACAUUAAAUUCGCAUCGGCGCACAUCAAACACAAGAAAAAAGAAAAACACAUUUUACAGAUUAAUAAAUGAGAAAAAGGGAAAUAAUUAAAAUUGUUAGCAUGACGAUACUAUUGAACAUUUUAUAACAAGGCAAUACGACACAUCUUUUCUUAUAAAAAAAAAAUAUUAUAAAAUAUAAUAAAUAAAAUAAAUAUAUACACAAUUUAUUCCAUAAGAGAAUCCUUUUCAAAAUCUAGUAAUGGGUUUAUCGUUUUAUAUUAUUAUUCAUCAACAAUACACACGAAAGAAUGGACACAAAUAUAACGUAUAAUAAAAUACGAAUAAACAUGAACAGAGUAUAAGAGCCCGAUGGUACCGUCAGUUUAUUACAUUAUAAAAUGGCUCGUAAUCACGGUUUAAUUAUUUAUUAAUCGAUCGUGUGCAGGUCUAAUAAGAUAAGUGAAAUAUUAUAAAUGAUGAAUCAAGUAUAAAUGCCGGGUGGAAUUCUACAUGUUACGAUGGUGUUUAACUCAAUCACGCAAAAGAUCUUCACUUAAUAUUUCACUGAUAAGUUAUGAAAUAUCAAUUGAAUUGUAAUGAUAUUUUUCUACCUAUAAAUUGCAUGUUAACAAAAGUUGUGUUAUAUUUUAAAUGGUAAUUAAUUGAAUGUAUUUAUUGGAAUUUUCAUCUACUAAUUUUAUUUCAAGUUUCAUCUGAAUAUAAAUUAAUGAAUAUGCACGUGAUUCGCUAGCAUAAAUUUAAAUGCCAUUUUAUGAAAAUAUAAUAUUUGAUUAAUGCUAUUUAUCUCUGAUAUGUAAUUAAUAAUAUUGAGUCACUAUUGACUUUUGCAAACAAAAGUUAUGCAAUAUUAUUGUAAAAAUAAUUAUUUAUUCAAAUUCAAUAAUUAAGUCAUUAUAAUGAAAUUAUUAAAUAAAAAUUAUAAUAAUUAUUUGUAUAUAUGAUAGAGCAAUAUUUCAUGUGAUUAUUAAAUUUUUAUGCUAAAUUUUUGUAUUUAUGUCGAUUUAAAUAUUUCGGCACAGUUUAUUUACAUGUACACGUUAAUAAAAAAAAACAAUGGCUAUGAGUACUAUUGCAUGUAAAAAAAAGUGAAUACAUAAAGAAUGGUAAUUGUUUAAACAUAGAACUUUAAGGAGAAAAAUAAGGUAAUAAAUAAAUCCACAAUUAACGUAAAAUGAGACAGUGGUAUUUGUAGUAAUUCUUGAAAACGAUGGGAAACAAAGGUUUAAGCAAAUGACAUUGAUGAACAAAAGCAAUAAAUGUGCAAGCGUAUAAUAAUAUAUUUUUUCAAUGUUUAUGUGAAAAUUGUUAUUUCAGCUUGAUUGAAUAUUAAUAAACAAAGAUUCAAUUUUCGAUCAACAAAGAAAACUAAUAAACAAUUGUCAUCUACAUUUGAAAAAAAUAUUCGCUACUAAUUAAAAAAAAUUUUUUUCUUAAUAAUUAAAGAAAAAAAGUUUAAAAAAAAAUUUUUACACGACGUAAUUUUUUUUUUCAAAUUGCAAUUUAGCAUAAAUAUAUUUUUGAUGAUUUUAAUUUCAUCAAAAUUAUACGGUAGAAGAUAGUUCCGCGUGAAAUGUAAAUAAAAACACAGUGAAAAGUUUAAAUGAAUCAAGUCAAUACGGUCCACUCGGCAGAAAAAUUCUUUUUGUCAUCGAGCAAAAAAGUAAACAAAUGAGAUGAGAGCACGUAGAACAAAAAUAAAAAUCAUUCAUAAAAAAAAUAGAAUAGUGAAAAUAAAAAUUUACAGACAGAAUGAAAAAGUCAAUUUGUUUAAACUUUCUCGUUUUUGAUAGAUAGAAAAAGAAGUGAAAAAAUUUAUGAAUAAGUGAGAGAGAGAGAGAGAGAGAGAGAGAGAAAAAGAGAAUAAAAAAGAGAGAGAGAACAUAGAAGUGUGAGUGUGAGAGAGUGAACUACGAAAAACAUUAUAAAAAAAGAUGUAUAAUGAAAACUGAAUGUGAAAAUUAAUAAAUUAGUUGAAAAAAAAAUGAAUGGACGACGGUACAAGCGCGGCGAGGAAACUUGCAAUAUAACAAGCAAUAAAUAAGCCACUCUUAAUUCCAUGUAUAUUAAACAAUUAUGUGGAUGCUUUAUGAGAUUUAUUGAUUAAAAUUAAACAUGCAAAAAAGAUACCAAUUUUACAUAUUCUUACUAAUCGUAAAAAAAAACAAUACAAAUACGUCUAGUAACAUAUUGAAUAAAUAAAUAAUUUAAAAAAAAUUACGAAUAAAAAGUAAUACGAUUAAUGUAUUGAGUAAAAUAAUUAAAAAAAAUUUAAAAAAAGCAAAAAAAAGCAAACAGAAAUUAAUCUAUCUUCGUAAGUACGUACAGUUUCAAUUUUACACUACCGAUAAUAAUGAAAAUAUAGCGAUAAGGAUAUAUAAGAUAUAUGAUGAUUUAUAAUAAUUAUAAUGUUGUACAGAAUAUUUAUGAAAAGGCCCGCGUUUGAUGAGAGAGUCGAACGUUUCAAGAAUAGAAAAAUAAAUUGCCUUGAUAAAAAAGAUUUCAUCUGGCAAAUAUGUGUGUGCUCUUAUUAAAAAGAAUAAAAAAACAACACAAUAACUAAGUGAAAUUACGAUUGAUAGUUAAUAAUUCAUGAAAAACAAUCGUAAUAGAAAAAAAAAUAAAUAAGGCACAGCGAGAAAAUGUUCUUAAGUAAUCGAUUUUAAGAGAAACCCCAACGCAAUUCUUAAAUAAUGUUAUCAGCCAUUAUUUAAUAGAAGAAUAAAAGUAAGAAAUAAAUAAAAAUAAUAUUGAGUAUAUUCCCUUCGCUUUUAGAUGAAGGGUAACAAAUAAUAUUGAUUGCGUUAGAAUGAUUUUCUCGCAAUCAAAUAAAUUGGCGAUCAACUUUCUUAUCAAAAUGGCCUAUGACUAUAAUGGAUGUUUUGUAAGAUAAAGCAAAACUAUUGGUCCCGUGAUUCGAAAGCGGAUGUUGUGUUUAGGGCUUUAAACAAAUAAAGACUCCGUGCUGAGAGCAAAAAAUAAAAAUUAAAGACAAGUAGAACAGAGAAAAAAAGAAUAGAAGAAAUUUUUUAAAGAAAUUUCCCGAGCUUAAAAGCUGGUGGAAAAUUCUAAAAAUAUGAAAAAAAGGGGCCCUAGAGUUUAAAAUGAUAAACAUCGUAUGCACGAAUUAAAAAAGGGCUGAUAAUUUAAUUAAUUGUGUAUGUAUACAGAUAAAUAAAUAAACAAAUGAAUCUUGCGAUUAUAAAUAUAAACAUUGAUAAAAUAAUAAUAUUAAUAUUAAUAAUGAAAACAAACAAUAUUGUACCCCUCUGUACAUAUAAAUAUGGAAUAUAAUGCAAUUAUUAUUACAAUAUGAUUUAUUAUAUAAAUAUAAAUAUAUAUAUACAUAUAUAUAUAUAAUAUAUGUAUCUAAUAAAUUCAUAUUACGUUUAUUAUUGUUUUAAUUAUUACUAAUUAUGAUUGCGAUGACGAUUAUUAAUUAUUAUCAUCAUUAUAAUAUUAAUAUUUAAGAAAAGGUUCACAACGUGCCGUGUGUAUGUGGAAAUAAAAUAUAUAAUAUAAUGGACAUUGUUCAAUUCAAAA